GGUGAAGUCGCGUGUCUGGAGGGACUCACCGUCGUGUACAGGAGCAGCGGAGACCUCUUCUUCUACGUGGUGGGGGGGUGCCAGGAGAAUGAGCUGAUGCUGUUGUCCGUGCUCACCUGCCUCCUCGAUGCCCUUGGCCACCUCCUGCAGAAGGACGUGGAGAAGCGUUGGCUGCUGGACAACAUGGAAAGGACGUUCCUGGUGGUGGAUGAGAUCGUGGACAGGGGGGUGAUCCUGGAGAGUGACCCACAGCGAGUGAUCCAGCACCCGAGCCCGCGGGUCCCGGAGCCAGCACCGUAUGGCUUCGUCCUCUUCGACUACCUGUCGGGCAGCUCGGAGCAGAGGGACCCAGGGAACAGCCACAAAUAA